AUGCAAAAUCCUACGAUUUAUCGAAAUUCCGAAGCGAUGAGAGGGUCAUCCGGUGCUAUACACGAAAGGGACACUGCACCUCACAUUAUGUCUCUUUUUGCGGAAUUGGAAAGCCAUACCCACAAACCUGUCGUAAUGUACCGCAAACUGUUGCACCAAGCCGCUCGACAGCUCAAUGAUGAGGCGACUGCGAAUAUGGAGCUGCGGAAGGAAAUAGCCAUCAUGCGCAAGAACGAGAAGCGCAACGAGGGGCGAAUACAGAAGUUAGAAGGUUACAUAUCAAAGUUACGAAAACGAGUGGAGGAUGGGGAAGAGAGAAUAAAUCUAAUCGCUAAGGGAGCGAGGCGAACCUCGGUACCCGUGGCCCCAUCUCGAAGCAGAGGCAAACGGUCGCCUACGAGUAGGAAUGGUAAAGCAGCUUCUCAUGGAGGAGUUGUUGGAAACACGAAGGAACGUUGCGUGCCAUCUCCAGCGGCCAAACAUCGUGAAGGCGUUGUAACAAGUAGCAGAGCAACUUCACAGUCACCGUUUGUUUCAAUUCGUAGUUAUGAACAAGAUGGUGAAGAGAGAGAUGAGACAGCACCGUCCUUGUCUUUGAAACGACGUUCAGUAAAGCAGUCCAGGAAGGGAGGGUACGAUGAUACCCGCAAAAUGGUGGCACCUGUGAGAAGAGAGGGAAUUCUUGACAAGAUAUUGAUUGAUGUGUUUGUGUUGCUUCUUAGCGAAGAGCCAUCUGAAAGUAGCCUUCCAGAUGUUGGAAAAUACGGUCUAACGGAAGAUUCUCGUACGCGCUGUGAAGCCGUGUUCUCGGCUAUCGUUCGACUGCGUGAAGAAGUGGCCGUAACCAGACGACACAACGCCGAGUUAAUGAAGAUUGUGCGGCGGAAGGAGUCGAUGCGCAUGCUGACGAGUGCUGCGGCUGAGGAGCAAGCAACCCUUGAAAUGCUGCGUGGUAAAGGAUGUAGUGGAAUCGAUGAAGGUGAAUAUUUAUCGUCCAUUACGCUCACAACAUUGCCGUAUGGAGAAAGUAAUGGGAAAUGUGGAGAAAAAUACCGGGCCGCCAAGAAUGACGGUGCUGAUUAUAAUACUUUGCUUCAUACUCCUUCAGUAAGUAAUGUCCGGCGCGGGAGUGAAGGAAGUGGGUUUUCCAACCUACAACCUCGAAACUCGGAAGAGGGAGACGGAGACGGAAGGACAUUCAACGAUCUAAGUGAUACAGUACUCGGCGCUCUUAUUAAUGGCGGGGAGCAUACGAAAGUGAACAAGUGGGAGCGAUCCCUGCUUUCAAGAUGA